AACAAUUGUGUUUUACAUUAUAACUAUAAACUAAAUUAUAUUGUAUGAUUCGAUAAAAAAGUAAAAUGAAAUAUUUUAUAUUAAUUAUGAGUUUAGUUCUUCUAAUGGAAUGGAACACUUAUGAUGCCAACGCAGAACUUGGAAUAGCACCAUGUAUGUAUGUAGGUGGUUAUGAUCCAGAUGACUACUACUGUCCAAAAGGACCCAUGAUGCCUAUUUGGUUACCAACAAAUUGUACUUCAUUUGUUUAUGAUGCUGGAAUAGUGUUUAAUGAUCCAUCUACCGAUGGUUUAAGUGAAGAGAAUAAUAAUAAUGUACAGGGUCUUUUAAGCACGCGUAGACCACUGUAUUUAUAUAUUAGUUAUCUUAAGACACAAUGUUCAGCAGAUGAUGCAGAUAAUACAUACCUCAGUAUAGAUAACAUACAACACCAUUUAUAUAACUACAAUAUAACGGGGUUUAUUUUAUUGAAUUUCGAAUUGAAUUCAACCAUUAAUUGUGAUGACAAAUUAAAACAAUAUGUUGAUUUGGUAAAACAAGGUACUUCUAGUCAAAUUGGAUUAUAUGUGAAUGCAAAAGGAAUGAUAGAUCAUACUAAUAAUGCAAUGGCACCGGGUUGGUUUGAUUUUGAGAAGUUGAAUAAUCAUAUGGAUUAUUAUAUAAUUGGAUUUCACAAGUUUAAUCCAUGUAAUGAUCUGUAUAAAGGUGGAACUGUUCCAUUGAAUGAUAUUCAUAAUAGCAACUAUUCCUUGACAACAUUUGCAAAUGCUUUGAACAAAUCAAAGAUUGCCAAGGAUAAAAUUUAUCUUCUAUUUUCAGUAAAUCCAGAAGUUAAUGAUACAACGACCGAAGAUCUACCGAUUUGCAGUGUGACAUAUCAAAAAUAUUGUGAAAAUGACCACUAUAAUAGAUAUUGGUGUGCUGAUAAUGCUGAUUCAUUGUAUCAAAAAGGUAAAUUUGCAAGAGACUUACAUACAAAAGGAAUAGUAGUAAAAUUUAUCGAUACAAUUGACCCAAGCUCAACAUGUGACUGUAAUAAUCAAGAUUCGUUUAUAUCAUUUACGAUGAUGUUACGUGGUUAUUUAAAUGAAGACCCUAUCAAAGACUGUGCCAAGUUAAAUAAUAUUACUGAUACAUAAAUAGUAAUAUUCAUCUAUUAUAAUAUUUACUAACGUUUUAUAUUCAUUGAUCCAUUAUAGCAAUUAAUUUGUUAUAGCUAAAUACAUAUAUUCAUUCGUUGAACAACAGAUUACUUUUAUUCAAAUGAGUAGUAAAUGAAAUUAUGAUCGCCUACGUAAGCAUGGGCGUCAUCAUUUAUAUAUUAUAUAAAAAUAUAAGCUCAUAGUCGUCUGAAUAAUUUCUCGAGAAAGUUUAAGAGCAUACAUUUUUUUUAAAUAGAAUAAAUAAUAAUUAAAAUUGUAUAAUGUAUAAAUAAAAUGAAGAACGCUCCAAUA